AUGAUAUUAUCAACGAUGGAUUUAAUUCUAGCGGCACUGGUCGUACUGAUCGUUUCGUACACGAUAAGGUACGUGCUGCACCGUCCAUCCGCAAGAUUUCCACCUGGACCACCGAGGCUUCCACUACUCGGCAGCUAUCCAUUCCUGCUGGCACUUAACUACAACCAUCUGCAUCGGGCCGCUGCCAAGCUAUCCCAGCUGUACAACAGCAAACUCGUCGGGUUGUAUCUCGGCCCACAUCCAGCGAUCGUGGUGAACGAUCACGACACCGUACGUCAGGUGCUGCAGCGCACUGAGUUCGACGGGCGGCCAGACCUCUUUCUCGCCCGGUUACGCGACGAACAGUACGCACGACGAGGCAUUUUCUUCACCGAUGGCGACAGCUGGCGGGAGCAGCGAAAGUUUUUCCUGAAAACGCUCCACGAGUACGGUUUCGGUAGGCGCAGCGAUGCUGUGGAGCAGGACUUGCAGACCGGUCUGCUGGAAGUGAUCGCACUGCUCAAGGACGGCCCACAGCACGAACACGAACGCACCGUUGUGGACGGUACGCCGACCGGAAAUGCCCACUGUCCGCAGCUGUUUUUUGCCCUCUACUCUAACGUGCUGUUGCGCAUGCUGACCGCAACCCGUUUGGAGCGGGAAGAUCAAGCGGUGCUGUUCGAUGUGGGCAAAUGUUCGCUUGCUUUCCAUCGGCAGGGUGACGAUUAUGGACUGGCGUUAAGCUACAUCCCCUGGAUACGGCAUGUGCUGCCGGGAUGUAGUCGCUAUCGCUUACUGAGGCAGGUGAACCAACAGGCGAACGGCGUUAUUCGGGCGCUCGUGGAAAAGUGUGAACAAUCGUACAAUGAGGAUGACAUCCGCUGCUUUAUCGAUGCGUACAUACGUGAAAUGCGCCGUACUGGCGGCAAGCCGACGAGUGGCAGUGAUGCAUUUGGGUUUGAAUAUGAUCAACUCAUCAUCGGUUGUGCUGACUUCCUGGUUCCGGCGUUUUCUGCCAUACCGGCCAAACUUGGUCUCAUACUGGAACGACUCGUAGCCCAUCCUUCCGUGGUGGAACAAAUGUACGCCGAGAUCGAGCAGCACGUGGGUCUAGCGAGGUUGCCCCUGUUGGACGAUCGUGCCCAUCUGCCGUACUGUGAAGCCGUCCUGCGCGAAGCACUGCGGAUCGAUACACUCGUACCGUCCGGCAUUCCCCACGUAGCCACCACCGAUACCGAGCUUGCCGGGUUCCAAAUUCCCCAGGGCACACUGAUCAUCAACGGCUUGGAUUACGUCAAUCAUCAGGAGGAUGUGUUCCCGGAACCGUACACCUUCCGCCCGGAACGGUUCCUCAACGGUGAAGGUAACCUGGCCCCCGAACAGGAUCGUUCCGUACCGUUCGGUGCGGGUAAGCGCGUUUGUGCCGGUGAAACCUUCGCACGCAAUGCGCUCUUCCUCACGAUCACAACGCUCGUCCAGCAGUUCACCUUCACGGUGGAACAUACACCCGAUCCCGCUCGUCAUUUGACCGGUGUCAUCCGUACCGCGCCAGAUUUUAAAAUUAAGUUUACGGCUCGUUAG